AAAAGUAUUCGGUUACGCGUGGGGAAUCCCAAUGUGACGUCACACCCGCUAAAACUGAACAAUGAUGAAGUAAUCGGCUCGACCAAUGGUGCAAUGCAGGCACGCCUGGUGUAUACGUGUAUACCGUGUAUUAUGAUGGAUAAAGACAGUGUCGUGGUGGCAUAUACUCUUUUCAUGCUACGCACUCGACAACUCGUGUACAAAACUCGACUUUUCGUUUCACACACUGCUGCCGUUUGCUGAUCAGUAGGCCCACGUACCAGGACGUUUGUAGCCCUGUACCCUCGUUCAUUCGAAUACAACAUCAAAUAAGAGUAGCAAUCUCGACGCCAUGAUCAUGUCAGGAGUUUAUUCCAAUUUUGUUUUGUUUGCCUGCCUCCUCGCUUGUGUGUCGGGCUCAGAACUGGUUAGGAACAAGAGACAAUGGCCCUAUUCCUAUGGUACCAAUGACCGCCCCUACGGCUCCUGCGGGAAACCCGCCACGCCCAUCCCUCAUGGUGGUAUCAAGCUCUUCCCCACCACUGACCUCUACGAUCCCUAUGACAAUUCAUGUUACUCGUGCCAAAUCGGGUGCCCUUCUUGCGAACCCAAAUUCUACUGCAACGACGGGUUCGAGAAGAAGGGUGUCUUUCACCUGGACUGUGUUCAAAAUACCACCACUCAUGGGUACGAGUGGGAAGGAAGCAUUCCCACUUGUGAAGAAAUAAAAACUUCAAGCAUCUUUAUUUAUGCUACUCCGGCCCUCGUUUUACCAGGAACGCUCAUGUGUGCCGUCAUAUAUGCAGCAAUAAGAAGCAAUCGGAGGAGAAAUCCUACCACACGAACUGCCUCGAGGACCGGUCUUCGCUCAACAACUGUCUACGUCACCCCGUCAUCUCGGGCCCCUGGCGGACGUACAUUUAAUGUGCCGAGGGCCCCAUUUCGUGGGCCAGGCUACUCCCGGUUUGACGACAGUAACGUGAAUGUUCGCCAGGACGAGACGGUAUCCAGCAGGUACGACACAGAAGUACCGGCAGUGGAGGCGGUCUCCUCCGAUGCCCCUCCAUCCUAUACGCAGGCACUUCAGAUAGAAACUGCGGAUCCUGCUAGCACAGCUAUAAACCCAACAACAACUGCAACUCUCCUGCUGCAAUAAUUGCUACUACUUAGAUUACGGGGCUGAACUAUACGGUCUUCAUCUUUUCUUUCUCCUUUUUUUUUUUUUUGGGGGGGGGGGUGGGAUGUAAAAAGGUCAAACAUUAUGAUCUACAGGGAAACUACUGAACCGUUACCGGAAAAUUGUUACAAGACUGCACGGAAAUGGCUCAUGCUAAGUGGAAGAACUAACCAGAAAAAGACAUAAUUGUAUCAAUAUCCUACUUUUUUGUGUGAAGCUAUAAUGUUUACCUUAUAUUGAGACCUUAGAGACCGUAUAGAGCAAAUUUGUUUUGCAAUUUUUCUUUGUCGCUAGGUAAUAUAUACUGUAUUGUUUUACUGUACCAUUUCUGGUCCCCAUGGAAGACCAGCGGCAUCAUACCGAUACCGCUGAAUAUGGGCUAUCCAGCCGUUAAUUUAAUUUUGUAAUACGUGAUUAUAUUUGUUUUUGUUUUACUGAAUGCAUGGUGUCUUUUUUAAACGGAAAAUAGAACAAAGAAACAAACAAAGACAAAAGGUUUAUUCACGAAGAAAUUGUGUGUCUUUCUGAAAAUGUUUUCUCUUUUGAAUACAGCUUUGGACCGAUUAUGAUAUCACAAGCCUGUCUAGUCUUAUAUUCAUGUAUAAUGUAACGUUUGAAAUGGGACAGUGAUGGAAGUAACCUUGAAAGGUCAAUGGUCUUUGCUACUCUCUCACAUCCACUUCAACACAGCGUAUGCAUCUUUGCUCAUUUUUACCGUUUGUCCAUUGUCAGCACGAUGCUGUUGAUAAAUCGUUUAUUGCUGCAUACAUUGUAUUUUUAAGAGAUGUGAAAUAAAAGAUUUUGAAAUUGAAUUUCAAUUUUAAUAUUGCCGAAGGAUUUCCUUCAGGAAGAUUUUGUCAUUUUCCUAUCAUUUUGAUGAAUUUAGAAAUCCAUAUUAUUCUACUGUUACUGCUUUAUCUGAAAUGUCAUCGUCUAAACUUUUGUUCACACACACUUUAAUGCCAGAGGCUAGAUCAAAAGUAACAAAGAAAAACAAAUCUUCUUUUUGUGGUAUUCUUUUCGAAUUUUGCUUUUCUGAGUUUAGGAGAAAAUUUCAUAUCAUCGUGAAAUUAAAUAGGCCCAACGGAAAUGCCAUACUUGACCUGAAAAAUUGUAAGAAGGAAAUCAUAUCAUGAUGUGUAGAAUUCUACAACUAGCUAUAUAUCUUUUUACGUGAUGUAUAUAUUAACGUACGAAAAAGGCUGUUAUCAUUAUUCCAUGUGCUUGUACAUUUUGCUUCCAAAAUUGUUAUAAACAAUGUAUGUAAUUUGUCACCCUCUUCUACCAUUUUGUUUGUUGUAUAAUGAAAAACGAUGUAUACAUGUCAAUGAUGCAUUUUUUUAAAAUAAUAAAGUCUAACGGUCAUAUAGCCACCUCUCUA